AUGGCAAACUCGGGAAACAUCAACCAAGAAGAAAUCGAGGUGCAUCUUUAAACCUUUUUUCAACAUAUCCGAAGUUUUUUUUUCUAAUAAAAUCUUUGAAGUCAGAAUAUUUGUCAAAUGGCCCUAAAGACUCUUCAAUGUUCAGAAGAGAUGAACCUAAAAAAAACUUUGAUAUCUGUCAAAUUUCUUAGUUUUUGCAUAGUCUUGUUCAAUGGUUUCUUUUUUUGAUAAAAUUUGAGAACAUUUCUUAUUUUUAUAUAAUUGGCAGGCAAAGGUAUGCAAAAUCGUUUGGGAGCCUUUCGAUUACAAUAAAGACAACCCUUGAAAACUUUCUGAUUAAUUUGACAUUACUUUUUAUUCAUUUUGAUUACUCGUUAGUAAUUUUCAUCGAGAUAUCAAGAGUAUUUUUUCUUAAUUUCAUUCUUCUUCUUCUUACGCCUUUGUACCGCUUGAGCGGCGUCGGCGCCCCAAGUCGAUUAGCCGAGGUCCUAUCCUGAUAGCAGUGGACUGGCUCCAGUGACAUAUCCGCCCUUGUGUGUGACGGCUGGUGAUUAUGAAGCUGUGGUUUCCCACUACCAUCAUUUCUUAAACCCCUUGGUUGGGUCGGGGCGCGGAUCGAACUUGUGACCCUGUGGACCGUAGGCAGGCACACAACCUGUUGCGCUACGGCGCGCCCCAUUUUUUCUUAAUUUCAUUAAGCUGGUAAAACUUUUUUUGUAUGCGGAUAGGCCCUUGUACGCUUGGCAUGCGUAGUCCCUAUGUCUGAGGAAACGAUUUAUUCGAAAUUAACAAAUUUAAGAUUGGCACCGAUGUCGCUAAUAUCGAGGCUCCAGACGUCCUUCUCGCGCCGCUCGAUCAAGCACUAGAAGAUGAUGAUCACCAAGUAGAUGAAAAUAACAACUACCUUGACAAUUUCGAAGAAGAAGAAGAAGAUGUAAAUGAUCAGGUAUUUUUCGGAUUCCACACUUAUUCUCUUGGAACUUUUUUUUAUAGAGAUUCUCAUUUGGUAAGAAUUUUCAUCAAAGUUCUUUGUUUCAGCAAUACGCUCAAUACGAUCUUCUCUGGGAUGACCUCUACGGUAAUUGA